AAAGGUCCUGUUGUAGCGAACUGUGUCGGGACGUGUGUGUGUGACGACGGUCGUGUGUCCUGCCGCAGUCCCACGCGGAGUCGAUCCACCAGCACUCGAUGCAGGACUUCUCCAACUCCCACCAGCACUUCCUGAACGCGGCGGCGGCGCGGGCCAAGGACCCCCCGGCGGGGCGCGUGGCGCUGCUGCCCCACUCCUCGCUGAACCACCAGUCGCUGGGCGGCAUCGGCCACCACCACCACCCGGGUGGCGACGGCGUUCGGCGGCAUGGGCGAGCACCACCUGGCGUCGCUGCAGCGCCACCGGGGCGGCGCGCUGCCCCCGCAGCAGUACCCGGGGCUCGUGCACGGGGACGCCGGCGGUGGCCAGCAGCUGGACCUGUCCGUCGGCGACAUGGCCAGCGCCUUCUACGCGUAAGCCACGCCGCACCUGGGACCGGGCCUCCCGCCGCGCUGCGUCGUGCCGUCGGGACUCACCCGCUCACCGGGGGUGUUCCUCGGGACCUGUCGAUUAGGGUGGUUCGCGAACGGCGACGCUGGGUUCCCGAAAGGCUGAAAGUCGUGCUGUCCGAAUAUUUGGGGCUCGAAAAAUAAGCCGUGAAUCGCUUGAGACUGGUGCAGGUGUUCUUCGGGACCUGUCCAUGCGCGAAACUAUUAGCGUGGUUCGUGAAUGGCGACGCUGGAUCCCGAAAGCUGAAAAGUCGCGCUGUCCGAUUGUUUGGGGGCUCGGAAAAUAAGCCGUGGAAUCGCUUGAAAGGUGUACCCCACGAUAUUUGACAGUGAUUCCUUAAUACUCGCGUCGGAGGACGCUGCCCCGGGUAAUGCGGCGCUGGUGGGGAGCCGCGAUGUGUCUGGGGUUUUCUCGGCGGUGUGAUUCUGCGGUGGUUCGCCGUUGCCUACCUGCCGGGAAUCGA